UGUGGAUGGAUUUUAUUAUUUUGUCUAUUUUUUGUAGUGAAAUAAUUAUGUUUGCUUUGUAAUAAUAUUUGUAAAUGCAUUACCAACCAAAGAUUCAGAUAUGGCGUAUAGAAUUUUAGCUUGGUUCAGCCUUAUAUCUGUUAUUACAAUUGCCUUAUUAGGGUUUGGUUUGUACUUAGUUUUACUUACAUUUUUAAUUUCUUUUAUCGCUGGGAUCCUCACAAUUUUACAUUUGAACUUUGACUCAAGAAAAAUAUUCUCUUCUGAUAUUGAUUGUUUAGAUGAUCCCUUGCAGCAAACAAACUUUUCUAUUCAGUCCCCUAAGAUCCUACAACUGUUUCAAAAUGAAACCCCGCUGCCGAAGUUUGACAGUAGAAUAACUGGAAGUGAAACUGUUGAUUCAUUUCUCAAUGAGAUUAUAUCCAUAAUAAUUAAUGACUAUGUCACACCUUGGUAUGAAAUGUUAACAGACGACCAAGAGUUCACUAAGCAUGCAAUCAAACGCAUUGUUGUUAUGACAAGUGCAAAUGUUACAAACCGAAUAAAAAUUGUAGACUGGAUCUAUCUCUUGUCUACUAAGUUUCCGGAAGAAUUAACAACACAUUUGAAGCUAUUCAAACAGUCUAGAGUGAGAUUGAAACAGUUACAAUUGUUGAGUGCCAAAGAAGUUGCCAACGGGUCAUCUAAGUAUAGUCCUAAGAAACAAGAUGAUAAGAGAUCACAUAGACGGAACAAGAGUGACACCGAUUUAUCUUGGGCUCCAGAUUCGCAAACAUCUGGAAAGACUAAAUUGUAUGGCAGUUCUGAAAAUAUUAGUAGCAAUAAUUUAAAAGAUAUAUUUUUUGAUUUGGAAUGUGCAAUGGAGAAUAAGAAAAUAUGCAGAGAUACAUUUUGUAUGGAUGCAGAGAAAGAAUAUGCAUUGUUAUGUGAAAUAUCAGAGGCUAUUUUAUAUUUAGUGGCACCGGAAGAAACAUGGAAAUGUCAUGCAUUAAAAUUGAUUAUUAUAGAGCUUCUGUCGGCGAUUGUUUUAAAGCCUAUUAUAAAUAUGUUAAGUGACCCAGAUAAUAUUAAUAGAGCUAUUAUAAGAACAUGUUGUCGCGACUCAUGUCUGUCGUCUGAGCUAUUUCUAUUAGUGAUUAGGACUUGUGCAGAUGCAGAGGAACUAGAUGCCACAUUGGAACUUGUACAUAAGGAUAUACAGAAACUUCAUUCAAAAGACAGCGCCGGCGAAUGGGAACUACAAGAUAGGCAGAAAUUAUCUUCACUACAAUACCUCGUUAGAAUUAUACAGGCAAAGCGGGCUACACUAGGACCACAAGAGGGUUCUACAAAUACGCCAAGGGAAAAAGUAUCAGACGAAGUGAUGAGAUCGUUAAAGUUUUUGCGAGCGACCGCCGCGUGGAGAUCUAACGCUCAAUAUUUACUGGAAAUUGAAAUGAACGAAGCCGACGUACCGCACACAUCCAAAGCGGUCAUUGACAACCUUCGUUCCUCUGCACUAGAACUAUGUGAUAUGUACUUAGCACCAAACAGACUGCAAGUGAUGGGCGUACCAGAUAAUUGUCACGCGGAAAUGGUUAGGAAAAUCACCACUGAGGGUGAAGAAUUCACAAACAACCCUCUCUCGUGCUUCGACGAUGUGCAAAAGUGCGUGUGCAACGCUUUGGAGGACGACCCUACCUGGCAAGCUGAUUUUAUGUUAGACCCCGAACAAGACGGUUCCGAAAGAAAUAGUAGUGAGUUCAAAAAAGACCCAAAAGUCGAUGGCAAGAAAUACGGAGGUGAUGUGGUAUUGCCCGUACCUGGCACGAGGCAUAACAGAUCGCGGUCAGACAUUGUAGGCAAUUUUGCUCAGAAAAUGCUCAGCGAGAGCGUAGGAUCGUCAAAUCUGUCCGUAGCAAAUUCAAACAAUUUGUCUCUUUCCCACACUGAGAUUAGUGGAAGAGCGAAAAACUAUCUGUCUCCCUUAUCGGCGUAUAUUAUAGAAACAGCGUUAGUUCAAGAUAAGGGCAAGUCGUUUGGAAUCUACGCGAUAGCAGUGACGAGAGCAUCGGAUAACGAAGUUUGGCAUAUUUAUAGGCGGUACAGUGAUUUCUAUGAACUACAUUCGGCUAUCAAAGAUAAGUGGCCCGAACUAGCAAGUCUCCCUUUUCCCGCCAAGAAGACAUUUCAGAACACGUCCCGAUCCGUACUAGAGAACCGCAAACGAAUGCUCAAUAGUUACUUGCAAAGUUUAACCAGUAUUUCUCGAGAUGCAAGAUACAUGGCUUUAUUGUCUUCGGACUAUCUGGGAGGGUUCCUGAGUCCAGAGAUACAGACGGAAAGACAUGGGAACACGAUUGACGCCCUAUUGGUGAAUUCUAUAAAGGCUGGUAUGAGGACACUCAAGAGCAUGCCCGAUCAGUUUGCUAAUACUGUCGAUGGUGUUAUGGACGGUAUAUCAAAAGUGUUUCAAGGCAAGAGCGGCGAGAAUUAUUGUGACGCUAUCAAACGGGAUACAAAUUCUGAAGGACAAGACGAUGGAGAUGAAAGCGUACCAUUGAAAUUAUUAGAAGAAGUUUUGGGGAUCCGAGGGUUAUGGUUGAGGAGAAGAUUAUUAGCGCCCGUCAGGACUUUAAUAGCGGAUCGAGUUAAUAGGAAAGUACUAGAGUUAGUAUCGUCGUUGACGUCGCCACGCAAUGUUGUCCAGUACUUGAAAUCGUUUAAGCAAUGGCUGACAAGUCGUAACAACGGUAACACAUCUAGCAGAGAUGCAGCGACGCGAGCGCGCACGAGAGUCGCGGCUAAAGUUGCACUUUUAGCGGCUGCUUCAGAUGAUCUCAGACACAUAGUGGGUACGGAUGCAGCGAGGCGUGGUCUCCUCACAGUAUUCGAUUUAUUCCAAACACAAGAGAUUAAUAGGCGGCUUAUGUUUGUUUUACUUGAAGUUUCGCUGUGCAACUUGUUCCCCGACAACAAUAUCCCAGAAUUAUUUAAAAGGUUAUAUUCUAAUUCACCAAGAGUCUCCUUACCGAAGAAAUCUUUAUAAAACCAAAUUAUUUCUUAUUGCAUGAAAAAUGUAUGCAACUUAAUACAGUAGGCUCUACUCUUUCAUUCGUUGGUAUUAUGUGAUUGUAGUUAUGAUUUGUCUCGUUCACACUUAUGUAAAACAUCAUAAGAGCGAAAGGGACAAAACAGGUUUAUAUAUCGUUGUUUCAAUCAAUCAAUCUAUUGAAAAUAUCCGCAAUAUUGAAUUCGAAUAAUUACGAUUUUUGACCAAAAGUUGUGAGAUUUUUCAUAUAUUUUGUGUCGUUAAUAUAUAAAUAGAAUAUAGAAAACAAUAUAAAGUUAAUUAUGGAAUAAUUCGCUUUUUUAAUAUUUAUAGCAUAGAUAGUAAAAUAUACACUUAAUUUAUGAGUCAUUAGACUAAGUUGGACUCGAAUGUUUAUUAAGUCCUUAUAGCAAUAACAUUGUGACUUAUUUUUGGGAAUAUAUUUGUUGUAUUAAGGUCUCUUUAAUUUAUUUGAAAGAACAAGAGGAAAAUUUUGUAGAAUUACUUUCACAUUUAGCGUAGAUUAUAUUGGUUGUAAUUCAUUAUUGAGUAAGUUUUCACUUAUUGAAGUGAAACUUCUUUAUCGGGGUUGGAAAAAAAUUUAAUGUAACAUUUUUUCGUUACGCGUGACAUUUUUCCGUUACGCGCCAUCUUUUUCUUAUCCCUACCACGCGUGAUUCGAAGUAUUACUUUAAAGUUGCACAUAGUAAAUUAUUUUUUGAUAAAUAAGGUCAUAAAGAAGUUUCACUUCUUACGUGUGUACACUAGUACACGCACACAUUUUUUUCGUAUAUUUGCACGUAUCCUAUAUUUUUUAGGAUUUUUUAUUAAUCGCUGCAGAAAGCUUAUAUCGAUUAAUAUGGGUAAAGUUAUUGGGAGAUAAUUUAAAGAGUUUGAAAGGAUCAAGUACUUC